AUGGGAGCCCAUGUCGACAUAACAAUGGGACGCGGCUCAUACUGUUUCAAAAUUCAAGGCAAAAUUUAUCACCAAGUUGGACCAGUUCAUCCGAGCAACGAGCGCGAGAGACAACAUGGGCAGAUCUACGUACUUGGUACGGAUCUUGCCGCACAACAACGCUUAGGAAGUGCGCAAAAUGCAAAC